AUGCCCUACUUCAUCAUCGAAAACCUUCGUCCUAGAACCUUCAUCAUCAAGAACCUUUAUUACCCAGUUCUUCAUCCAGAACCUUCAUUAUUCAGAACCUUCAUCCCAGAACCUUUCAAAAACCCUUCAUCCCAGAACCUUUCAAAAACCCUUCAUCCUAGAACCUUUGUCCCAGAACCUUCAUCUCAGAAUCCACAUAUCCCAGAACCUUCAUCCCAGAAUCCACAUAUCCAGAACCUUCGUCCCAGAAUCCACAUAUCCCACGAACCUUCGUCCCAGAAUCACAUAUCCCAGAACCUUCAUCCAGAAUCCACAAUAUCCCAGAACCUUCCGUCCAGAAUCCACAAUCCCAGAACCUUCGUCCCAGAAUCAUAUCCAGAACCUUCAUCCCCAGAAUCCCACAUACCCAGAACAUUCAUCCAGAAUCCACAUAUCAGAACCUUCGUCCAGAAUCCAUAUCCCAGAACGUUCGACCUAGAAUCCUCAUCAUCCCGCAUUUUCAAUGCCAAUCCCACUAUCCCAGAACCUUCUCCCAUAAUCCACAUAUCAUCCCAGAACCUUCGUUCCCAUAAUCCACAUAUCCCAAACCUUCAUCCCAAGAAUCCACAUAUCCCAGAACCUUCGUCCCAGAAUCCACAUAUCCCAGAACCUUCGUCCCAGAAUCCACAUAUCCCAGAACCUUCAUCCCAGAAUCCACAUAUCCCAGAACCUUCGUCCCAGAAUCCACAUAUCCCAGAACCUUCGUCCCAGAAUCCACAUAUCCCAGAACCUUCAUCCCAGAAUCCACAUAUCCCAGAACCUUCAUCCCAGAAUCCACAUUCCCAGAACCUUCGUCCCAGCAUCCACUAUCCAGAACCUUCAUCCCAGAAUCCACAUAUCCCAGAACCUUCGUCCCAGGAUUCUGGGCAGGAAUCCGGCACCCCAACAACAGCUCUUCAUUUAAUUCCCACCUGUCCGGAUCUGGUAAUCACCUUUAAUCAGUACAAUGGGCGAUGUGAAGCCCCCUCUUCUUGA